AUGGCGACGAUUUUUCUUCACUGCGGAUUUUGGGACCAUGUUCGUGGAUGCUGUUAUUACGAAGGUCCGUACAAGCGAGGAGCAAAACGGUACUGCUGUUGUUUGUUUCCAAGAUGGCCUUGCAGCAAAGCUCUUGUGGAAAUCGUAUUCCAAAGUUCUCUGUCUGGGUUCAUGUGGAUUUUCUGGGCGCUCUUGCAGCGUGACUAUUACAUCUGGGCCGCUCUCGGAGGAACGAAAGCAGCUAAAUUAAUCAAUGCCUCAGCCGCGCAAAAGUUACAAAUCGAAGCAGAUUACGCGAACGCGGGAAAAAAUUCACAGACGGCAGCGUUGCUCUUGCUAGCUGGAGCGUUACUUACAGGUUUCGUUGUUGUUUCAGUUCAGCGAUGCUGUUAUCAACGUGAGUUCGGUACUUUACCGAGUCCGUACCAGUAUAAGAAGCUCGAGUCAGAAGCUGCUGUGGAGGCCUUUAAACUGAACGUGGAAAAACUCGCGAAAGGACAAGGCAAGAGGCGUGCAGAUAUGUACUUUGCAACCAUGAACAAGAAAAAACCAUCUGACAUCCUUAAGAGUGCCUAGGAAAAUCUCGUCGCUGGGAACAAAUUUGACGAAGCGUUCCAUCUUUGGAAGAUUAUCAGGAGCCCCAAGCACACGCGGUUACGGGCAUCUCCAGGGAAGAUACAUUCUCCAAGACAGAAUUGCUGCGCAGAGCCAACAUGCCAUGCAUUAAGGCACUCAUCGUGAAACCAAAGCUGCGGGCGGUUGGACGUGUGGUUCGAACGGACGACGCGCGCCUCCCGAAGAUAGUCUUCUUCUCUGACCUGGCUACCGGUGCGCGGAGCAUUAGACACCCACUGAAGAGGUUCAAACAUGGCCUGAAACAAAAAAACUGAAUUGAAUCCCAUUCUUGGAUGAGAAACCCUCACCGCAAACCCCAGCGCCUGGAGAAUGGCCGUCCACAAGGGCGUUCAAGUCUUUUUAAAAAGCGGCUGUACAACCUCGACCAGGCCUUUCGGAAGGCCGGGUUCUGACUGCGCGAAGGCUGCGUCUUAGCGAUUGAGUCGAUCUAAACGGUUUCUUCGAGUUGUUUAGGGUAGGCCAUUAUAACUGAUUUUUUUUGUAAAUUUACUAAGGAUGGGACGUGGAAAGUAACGGACAAAGAACUACUCAGCAGCCAAGCGUCAACAGGAAAAGGUCAAGCGAAGCCUUUCCCCGCCAUGCCGCCUGUAAUCGGAAAAAAAACGAGGAUCUCAGCAGUGACGAAAAAUACGAGGAGGAGAGCUUUCGAACCAAACAACUCUUUUUAUUUGCUUGGCAAAUAGCUAAAGGAAUGGUAAUUACUAUAUGAUUAUUUUCUGAGCGACGUUGCUUCGAUUCAGUUUCUGUUUUCAUCAUUCAAAGAUCGGUUUCAGCCUAUUUCACAAGCAAGAAAUAAAGGACAAAUGGGUUAAUUUUCUGGAUGAAGAAUGAUUUGAUUUUUUUCAUUAGAAUGUCAAAUUAGUUUUAGUAGAGAAAUUGUCUUAGUCGAUCGAACCAAAUUUGUCAUGUUUCGUAUAAUCUUGAAUCAGUCGUUCAGAUCAGUUCAGUUUAGUAUUUUUCGUUUAGUAAUUUAGUUUAGUAAUUGUUUGCCCCUAAUUUUCUCGCCUUCACCCAUGCCUUUGUAGGCAGUAAUAGCCCUGUAACUGAAGUAUUAUGGUACUUAUUUUCAUUUUUUCUCCUUCCUUCUUAAAAUUAGAAUCAUCUCGCCGAAACAAUCUUGUUCACAGAGACCUUGCUGCCUGUAAUGUUCUUGUUGGCCAUGACAACCAAAUCAAAGUGUCAGACUUUGGGCUGAUGAGACAAAUCUAUGAAGAUGUGAGCAGCUCAGCGAAGUCCAAAAAACUUCCUGUGAAAUGGAUGGCCCCAGAAUCACUCUAUCAAGGCCUUUACACUACCAAAAGUGAUGUGUAUGUAAAAAAGAUUCACACUCUUAUAAACACAUUUCGAUACAUUGCUGCUCAGAAAACCUCAGCUACCCUAAAAAUCGUGAUCAGUGAGUUUAAUUCAAACCGAUCUAGAAUUCCAGUGGUCAAUAUAGUGGGUAAUUUCGUACUUGUCAGCGCAAUUUUGACUCAGGACUAUAUAUAGUUUUCAUAGUCAAUAGCGAGAGCGGCGUCUGUUGAAUUCUUAAAUCAGAGUGUAUGUAAAGAUCACUUAGAAGCUUUCCUUUGCUGGGAAAAGUUACAAAGUAUGCGACAGACCCGUGACCUAAAUUGGUAUUGAUUUCCCUACUCUAUUAACCUUGCUUGGCCAUUUGCUAAGAGCUUUAAGCAUCUGAGGCCUGGUGUCAUAGGGUUCAGUCAAGCGCGAAGGCACGGAAAGAUGGAGACACGCCCUUUUUCCCUUAAGUUCAUCAAGUAAAAAGAAGAGGGGGAAAAUUUAUAGUGUCUAUGCAGUAUUCAUGACCUUAGUGCUUUUCUCCAUAGGCGUACGGGCCGGGGGGGCGAGGGGGGCUGCAGCCCCCCCAAGUUUUGGGCAACUCAGACUUUUUGGGCAGCAAGAGAAAAUUUGGGCAAAGCCAGUUUUUAAAGACGUUUCCAUGUAUUUUUUUAUUAGUUUAAAGAGAAAUAUUUUCUAUUUUAAUCUGAAAUAAGUCUUGAAGUCAGCGUAAUAAUGCAGUUACAUUCUCUCGAGACACUCACAGUGGUUGCCUAACUCGUGAUGAGUUUCUGGUUAUAGGGAAGAGUAUCAUUUGUUGUUUUUCAUAUUUAUAGUUUUUUAUUGUUGAGCACUGUACUGCACUGCACUGACUGAAAUGGGCUCUUUCCAGUCGUGAAUUGAUUGGAAUAAACUUCCGCAUAUCUUUCUAGAAUCAUCUCCGCUCAUAGAACAGUGUAUGGCAGAUAGCAUCAGCAACAGCUGAAAAUGAAGAAGUGGCUGACUAGUACUCAGCUCGAAUUACGAGAAGAAUAUUAAAUUUUUAAAAAAAAUCUAUCAAGCAAUAAUUUAUUGAAGUAGACCGAAAUGUUUACAAAACCGCUAACAAGGGCGCCUCGAUACAUACUAAUGAAAUCCUUCUCUCUGGCAAUCGGCCGGAGCUAUCUACAUGAUCGUUUACGAGAUGAAAUUGAAUGUCAAAAGAGCUUCGUUUACUACGGAUAACAGCCAAACAUCAAGAUUUUUUUUUACCAUAUUUAUAACGAUAAAAACUUCAUACCAAAAUAUCCCAAUAACGCUCUUAUAGAUUCCGUUUUAACUUCACUAACAUCGAGGCGACUAUUGGAGAAAAAAGUUCCCGUGAAAGAUUUUUUAGGAACAGUUCCCAGUGCCGAGAAAUAUUGCUGUAUGAAGUAAAAUAGGCAAUGGCGUUGUUUCGUUGCUAUGACCGAUGACAACUCCGUUGUCAUUAAAACCCUGCUCAUGACAAAUUUUCAUCUUUUAUAUCUAAUAAAACUAUGGUAGCAAUUUUUCCAAAUGUUUGUCUAUGGCGACGUAGUUAUUUUCAAAAUUGGGAGGUAUUGACCCUGAAAAACUGUUGCAGUAUCGAGCCACCUUCAUAUGCCAGUACGGCCUUCGUUAUUGCAUCGUAUGGCCCUCGUUUCUUUUCUACGGUUUCGUAAAAAUUUGGGCAACUUUCGAGAAUUUUUUGGGCAAAUGGUUUACCGCCCCCCUGGCAAAAAAAUUGCCCGUACGCCUAUGCUUUUCUCUAUAGUUGGUCUUUGGGAGAUGGCUACAUUGGGUGAGUAGACCGUCACACACUGAUCAUGUUACCUUCCAAGGGGAGUAAGAUCCCAAGAACUGUCCUCCCUAGUGCCACGGGGGAUCGAUAUUACUUGAAUAGUGCGACUAGCCUGAUAUUAAAGGACGACACUGGUACUUUUAAAAGAGUGAGUCCUUAUUAAAUGAGGUUAUUGCCAUCAGGAAACAGGCCGAUACCUGAUCAGUUGUAUUUAUGGCAAGCCAUGCCCGUAGUUUCUUUUUUGGUUUGAACUAGGCUUUAUGUCUGAGAUCAUAAAUAAGUGAUAAUCGGCAUCAAAUAUGUACGCAUUAUAGAGAGCAUUAUUACUAAGCACCAUGCUUUCUUUCUUUCUUUCUUGCUUUCUUUCUUACAUUUAAAUGCAACUCUGACCCCUAUUCAAUCACUAUUCUUUUGCAAAACUGCAUUAUUGAGUGCGGGGGAAUGAAGAGUCGUGGACGUUGACAUUUCCAGUAGAAAUCUAUCCAGGGGAAUGAGCCGUAUUUUCAAAUAAUAACAUGAAUAUUUUUUUCUUUCUCAUAACGUGAUCAGGAGGUGUACCAUACCCUACGCUGACCAACUCAGAGUUGUAUCGACUGCUUGGCACUGGUUAUCGCAUGGAAAGGCCUAACAUGUGCUCCGAUGAUGUGUACGUUUCUUGA